CUCACAUUCUGCCCUGCCAUGUCCUGCUCUCAAGAGGCACAAGUCAUCUCCCCCAGCAAACGGGCCCGGCCUGCGGAGGAGGGCGGCAUGCGGCUCCGCUCUGUCCGGCUUUCGGAGCAUGCCACCGCUCCGACCAGGGGGUCCGAGCGUGCCGCGGGCUAUGACCUAUACAGUGCCUAUGAUUACACAGUACCACCUAUGGAGAAAGCCCUUGUGAAAACAGACAUUCAGAUAGCUCUUCCUUCUGGGUGCUAUGGGAGAGUAGCUCCACGUUCUGGCUUGGCUGCAAAACACUUCAUAGAUGUAGGAGCUGGUGUCACAGAUGAAGAUUAUAGAGGAAAUGUUGGUGUUGUACUGUUUAAUUUUGGCAAAGAAAUUGAAGUCAAAAAGGGUGAUCGAAUUGCACAGCUCAUUUGUGAACGGAUAUUUCACCCAGAAAUAGAGGAAGUUCAAGUUUUAGAUGACACUGAAAGGGGUUCAGGAGGUUUUGGUUCCACUGGAAAUAAUUAAAAUUUAUGCCAAGAACAGAAAAUGAGAAAAUAUACUUUUUCCUUGAAAAUAAAGACUUUGCUUAAA